AUGUUUAAAAGCAUUAGCAUACCAAAGCAGGAUGUUUUUGAACAGCUUAAGAAUGUUGAUGUAAAGAAAUGCAAUAAAACUUGCCUUCUAUCUCCAGAAUGUAAUUCUUACUUGUACAAUGAAAAAGCUAAAUCAUGUUUUCUGAGUAAUGUUACUCAAUUCACUGGUAAACUUGAACCCAACAGUGGAAAUUGGGAUGUAUACAUAAAUAAUCCAGUUUACACAGAAAUCGACUGUGGAACUCCAAAAGACAUUGCUGGUACAUUGAAGGUGUACAAAACUACCGUCUAUAAAGCUAAAGUGACCUAUGUUUGCCCAGAUGGAGAGCAACUAAAGUCAAUAUGUGAAAAGGAUAACAAAUGGACUUCUGUAGCAUCCACUUGUAAAGCUUAUGAAAAAAUUAACUGUGGAACUCCAAAGGAUGUUGUUGGUGCAUUGAUGUCCUAUGAAACCACCACCUAUAAAUCUAAAGUGACCUAUAUUUGCCCAAAGGGAGUAAAAUUAAAGUCAGCAUGUAGAAAGGACAACAAAUGGACUCCAGUGCCUUCUACUUGUAAAGAUCCUCAGAUCCAUUUUAUGGAACUAAAAGGUUCGGUUCUGGAUGUAUCUGGAAAAAUAUUGUGGCCUACGCAAAAUGUAACAACUGGAGCCUGUGCAGAAAAAUCCGGUGAGCCUUUGAAACUUAAAAAAGUUAGCAUACCGGUCGAUGAUGUUUUAAAACAGUUUAAGAAUAAAACCUUGAAGGAGUGUAAUGAAACUUGUUAUCAAUACUCAGAAUGCAAUUCUUAUGAUUACAAUGAGGAAGCUAAGAUAUGUGAACUUAGUAAUAUGACUCAACUGACUCAUGAGUUUAAACCUGUCAGUAGAAGCUGGGAUGCAUACAUCGUUGACCCCGUAUUCACAAUAAUUGACUGUGGACCUCCAAAAGACAUUAUUGGUGCAUCAAAGUCUUACAAUACCACCACCUAUAAAUCUGAAGUUACUUAUACUUGUCCAGGAAAACAUAAGUUUAAGUCAAUAUGUAAAGAGGACAAUAAAUGGACUUCUGAAGUGUCCCAUUGCAAAGCUUCUCAAAUCCAUUUUGUGAAAAUUGAAAAUGCAGCUUUGAAUGUCGUUGGAAAAACAUUGUUGGACAAGGAAAAUGUAACAACAGAAGCUUGUGCGCAAAAAUGUUUGUCUGACAGACAUUGUUUAUCAUUUGAAACAACUAAAAAAAGUGGAAAAUGUUAUUUAUCAAAAGAAUCUGCAGAUUUCUCCAGGAAAAUAAGUAAAGCCAAAAGCAGAAUUUAUUACCAACGAAUAAAAUCUGAUGAUGAUCUUUUAAAAUUUAAAAGUACUUCCAUACCAGGGUAUGAUACAUUUGAAAGGGUGAAAAAUGUGACCUUAAAGGAGUGUGAUCAUGUUUGUCAUCAAACUCUAGGAUGUAACUCUUAUGAAUAUAAUGAAAAGCGUAAGCUCUGCGAUCGAAGUAAUGCAACUCACUUGACUCAGGACCUUGAACUUAACAUGUGGGGUUGGGAUACUUACAUCAUUAACCCAGAUUAUGCAAAAAUUGAAUGUGGAUUGCCAAAAGACAUUGCUGGUACAUCAAAGUCCUUCAAAACCACCACUUAUAAAUCUGAAGUCAUCUAUACUUGCCGAAAGGGAGAACAACUAAAAUCGAUAUGUGGAAAGAAUCGCAAAUGGACUCCAGUAGCAGAAACCUGUAAAGAUACUCAGAUCCAUUUUAUGAAAGUAAAAGAUGCAGCUUUGGAUGUAUCCGGGAAAACAUUAUGGAAUAAGAAACCUGUAACAGCAGAUGCCUGUGCAGGAAAAUGUUUAUCUGACAAAGAUUGUUUAUCAUUUGAACUAAAUAGAAAAAGUGGAGAAUGUUACUUAUCAAAGCAAACUGCAGCUUUCUCCAAGAAAAUAAAAUCAGACAAAAGCAGAGAUUACUACCAACGAAUAAAACCCAGUAACAAGACUGUUUCAUUGAAAAGAGUAGUCAUAGAUGGGCAGAAUAAUAUUGGACGACUUAAGAAGGUGGAGUUAAAGGAUUGUGAACAAGCUUGCCAUUUAUAUCAAGGAUGUAGAUCUUAUGAGUACGAUGAUAAAGCUAAGAUGUGUGAUUUGAGUAAUGUAACUCAUUUGGCUAGUGAACUUAAGCCCACCUAUAAAAAUUGGGAUAUUUACUUAAUUAACCCAGUCUUCUCAAUAAUUGAUUGUGGACCUCCAAAAGACAUUGCUGGUGCAUCAAAGUCUUACAAUUCCACCGCUUAUAACUCUGAAGUGAUCUAUACUUGUCCAAGAGGAGAAAAAUUAAAAUCAGUAUGUAAAGAAGACCAUAAAUGGAUGCCAUUUUUAUCUGAAUGCAAAGUCACUGAGGUCCAUUUUGUGAAAAUAGAAGAUGCAAUUCUGGAUGUAUCUGGGAAACUAUUGUGGCCUAAGAAAAAUGUAACAGCAGACGCCUGUGAAAAAAAAUGUCUGUCUGACAAAACUUGUUUAUCAUUUGAAAUAAAUAAAGGAAGUGGGCAAUGUUACUUAUCAAAGGAAAGUGCAGCUUCUUCCAAGAAAUUAAAGUCAGCCAAAGGCAGAGAUUACUACCAACGAGUGAAACCUAAUGAUGAACAUUUUGCGCUAAAACAAGUUAGCAUACCAAAGCAGGAUUCUGUAGGACAACAUAAAAAUAAGACCUUAAUGGAGUGCAAUGAAGCUUGCUACGAAUAUCAAGGAUGUAAUUCUUAUCAGUACAGCGAGAAAAAUAAAUUAUGUGUUUUGAGUAAUAUAACUCAGUUGACUGCUGAACUUAAACCCAACAGUGGAGAUUGGGAUGUGUACAUAACUAACCCUGUUUUUACAAGAGUUAAUUGUGGAUCACCAAAAGAUGUUGUUGGUGCAUUCAAGUUGUACAAUGCCACCACCUAUGAAUCUGAAGUGAUCUAUACUUGCUCAGAUGGAGAACAACUAAAGUCAGAAUGUGAAAAGGACAACAAAUGGACCCCUGUUGCAUCUGUUUGUAACGAUUAUGCACAAAUAAACUGUGGAACUCCAAAAGAUAUUGCUAAUGCAUCAAAGUCCUACAAAACUACUACUUAUAAAUCUGAAGUGACCUAUACUUGCCCAAAGGGAGAAAAACUAAAGUCAACAUGUGAAAAGGACAACAAAUGGACUCCAGUAGCUUCUGCUUGUAAAGAUAUUCAGAUCCAUUUUGUGAAAGUAAAAAAUGCAGCCCUGGAUGUAACUGAGAAAACAUUAUGGAGUAAGAAAAAAGUAACAGCAGAUGCAUGUGCUGAAAAAUGUUUUUCUGACAAAAAGUGUGUAUCAUUUGAAAUAAUUAAAACAAGUGGACUCUGUUACUUAUUAAAAAAAACUGCAGCAUCCUCCAAAAUAAAAACAGACAAAAUUUCCAUUUGUACUUCAUAG